AUGGCCACGGGGCAGGGGAAAGAAAACAACGAAAACAUGAAGACUGUACCUGACAACACUCCGUGUGCUGUCAGCAUUCAACGACAUCAUCAUCAGCAGCAGUCUCACAAGGCUGCUGCUGUGGCGGCGUUGCAGCAACAAGAGUAUGCGAGGCAAGUGCUGAUGCAGCAACCAGUUGUUGGGCAGCCGAUUGAUCCUUGGGCGUUCCACCAGCAACAACAGCUCGCAAUGGCGUACCAGUACCACUCACUUAACAACAACGAUGCUUAUGGGUAUCACCAGUAUACUUACCAGCACGCUCAUCACGGACGAGUUUUAACCGGAUAUCCUUCACCUGCUGGUGCAACGACGACGAUGGAGCACCUUCCUCCUGGAAUUCCCGGUUUGGGAGGUUCCACGGAUCCGCUCGAGUCGCUUUUGGGUCUCUUUCCCUGUGUCAAGUUGGAAGGCCUGCCAUUUGAUGUUUCUUUGGAAGACAUUCUUGGGCUCUUUCAGGGGCUCGUGGUUCUCGAUGUUCUCAUUGUCGGUCAGGGUGUGGCAUUUGUCCUCUUUGCCAACCUCAUGGACCACCAGAUGGGACUUCAGCGUGAUCGUCAGUCAGUCGGCAGGCGAUACGUCGAGAUCACCCAGGCCACCAGAGCCGACUACUACGAAGCGAUCGCUGCGCAGCACUUGAAGGAACAGCAGCCUCAGUCGAUGAAGGAUGGGGGAUCGAGGCGUGGGGAGAGCGGUCCCAUGUCUUCUGACUCCAACAUGUGGGGCGGUACCACAUCUGGCUUGUCAUCGGUUAACUUUCUCCAUGGACGUGAAAGGGACCAGCUUCAGGGGGGAGCUGAUUCGAUGGGGGGACAUCGCGGACUAGGGAUGAUGCCUGGAAUGGGCAUGGGUUCCGGAGGGGUUGAGAGGGGAAUAGGAUCGGGUGUUGGAGGCCGAUCCGGCCCUCAACUUAGCAUGAAACGCACCGGAGGAGGAAUCCAAAUUGGAGAACAUACUGGCUUUUUGAGGAUGAGAGGAUUGCCUUUCUCCUCGACCAAGGACGACAUUUUCAAGUUCUUUGACGGAUACAACCCCGUCCCAGACAGCAUUGUGCUCACCUACCGUAGCGACGGAAGAGCUACUGGCGAGGCGUAUGUUGGUUUCAUUUCCCCAGAUGACUCCAAGAAGGCCAUGGAACUACAUCGCAAGUCGAUGGGAACUCGUUACAUCGAGCUGUUCAUCAGCAACAAGGACGAGCAUGGAAGGGCCAUUCAGCGCUUUGGUAAUAGGUAA